AUGUUGGCAGUUACAGCGGCGGAAUUUACGGCGAGAGGGACGGCUCACAUCUUCGUCAACCAAUACAUGACCAAGUGGGGAUGUCCGACUACGUUAUUGUCGGACAACGGACUGCAUUUCUGCUCGAAGCUCUCCAUGGCGAUCUACGAGGUGAUGAAGAUCAAAAAGGUCACCACCAGCUCCUACCACCCACAGACCAACGGCGGCACUGAACGCGUCAACCACACGAUGGCCCAGAUGCUUGCGGUGGUCGUCAACGAACAGCAAAACGAUUGGGACAUACAUCUCCCGCACGUUGAAUUUGCCUACAACAAUUCCGUGAACCAGUCUACUGGAUUAGCGCCAAACGAGAUCCACAUCGGACGCAUCCCGCGACUCCCGCUUUCGGUCUUCGAUCGUCCCACGGUAGGUGGUCAUCAAAGCUUGGCCCGCGAUCAACUCGAGUAUUGCAACCUGGCUGUCGAUCGCCAGCGCCGGGCCUACGAACUUGUCCGCGAGUACAACGCGCUGAAGAUUUCGCGAGUCGAACGCCGAAAUUCAUCCCUGCUGGACGCCAUCCACAAGCUCCCUCAGUUUACCGUUGGCGGGUGGGCUUGGGUACACAACACGGCUGCUACAAUUCGACAGGGUGUGCAGAAGGACACGGACCAACAGGUGCUCAAGGCCACAUUCGCACUUUCCUGGACGGGGCCCUACAAAGUUCUUGCAGCGGGUGACCUCUGCCGACGCCACUCCGGACGGCCGCCCGUUGGCGCAUAAACUCCUCUACCUGGACCUGCCUUCCGAUCUUUCCGGCCCGGCAGCUCGUUGUCGCGUGUCUGUCCUUCGUUGCAAGCCCUGUCGCAAUCCGUACGAGACGGACGACUUGCCGCAAUCUCUGCCCGCCGAGCUUUUGCGUCAUGUUCUGCACUCCUUCGGAGAUAAAUGUCCACCUUUCCACGUCACCGCGGAUGAUGUGUCGAUGCUUGUCGGGCGCCUCGGGGUCGACUAAAUCUCGGGACAUCAACUGGUGCGGGGCCGUAGCGGCGUUCUCGCUGUCCUGUAUCAGACGCAUUGGGUAGGCCUGACUAUUCUUUCAUGGGAACGGGAAUCCGACCUUGAUCUAUUUCGUCGACACAUCCUCUUGUACUGGUCCCGAGAGGCCUGCCAAAGCAAGCAGGGUAACCGUACAUAUCGAGUGGCUCGGACUCGCGCGGCACAGCGGGAGCGUGGAGAACGCUAUUUGCCUCCUGGGGCUGAUCUUGUGCUUAAUGCGACUUGGCUUCGCCGUUUCAGCACUUCGCCCGCCCCUCCCUGAUGGCACGCGACUGUGGUACAAGGCCCGUGAUGGAUUGUGGUGGACCGGACGCAUUGGUACUCAUUAGGGCGGCUCGUAAAUCGUUCGAUUUUUGGAUGACCCAGGCCCAAGCGUUCUGCCUCUGCCUGCGCAUCUCUACUCCACCGCCUUGGACGCCGUCUGUGGAUCAUGGUGUUUGAAGAAACAUCAAUCGCGCCCUCUGGGCGACAACCGUGGUCGCACUCCGCUCCUUGCUGACUCCUUACCGUUGGCUGUUCCCGCCGUUUCUUCUUAGCGUCGUCGUUUUGAUAUACCAAUCGGCCUAUUUUGGUCUUUUGUGCCAUCCUUCUCACUGACGUUUUGCUUUUGUUUUUUGUUUUCUUUUCUGUCACCUUCCGUUUUGUUUCAUUUCGUUUUGUUUUUUUGUGUUGUCUCUUUUCUUUCCUUGGCUUGUUUUGUUUUGAACGCUAGGGCAACGCCGCCUCAAGACACGCAGUGUCGAGUGAUCAUUGUUCUUUGUUACCUGCAUUCAUCUGAAUCAGUGAACUGCCGCGACCUGGAUGUCCGUUCUCUCUCGCCUUUGCUUCAAUUUUUUGUUGUUGCUGUUGGUCUUUGGUUCUCUCAACAAGCUCCCUCCGAUGUUUCGUCGGUUUUGUCUGCCUCUGAAAACUUGGAAAAAGAGUUCCCCAAGUUUCGUCGGUGAUGUUUGCUUCGGGACACUUGUACACCGAGUUCUUCGCGUUUUCCUGGUUCGCCUGUUUGCCAACUAAUGUUGUCUUAAUUUUUUUUUGUUUUAGUUCCAUCGUGCCGCAGAAGUGUCGCAUACGCUUGGUGCUUCGGGAUUCCAUCCCGUGGCGUCGCCUUCUCCCAUGGAUUUUCGUCGUCACCCACACUUCGUUCUGCUUCGUCUCCAUCAUCGCCACCUUCGGGCGACGCCUUCAUCACAGUAGCGCCCCUGAGUCGUCGUCUUGUUGUGUAAAUCUCUACGACUUUGUGUUUUAUGUCUUUGAAUGAUGCGUAUCGCCAGCGAACCAUGGCGCAGUUCGUCGACAGCCUCUCUUGCAAUAAUCGCUUGUGCUUUGCAUCAUCAUUGGACCUCAAUAGGUCUUGCCCCUGCCGCUCCCUAUACGGGUUGGGUACCCUGGCACGCUGGCCAUCGUUCUCCGUGCCUUUGCCUGUCGUUCCUUUCUCCUGCCCUUCGUUGACGUCCUAGAUUGCGUUGAGUUUUCCCUUUGCGUCGCGUCCAGUAUCAANCAUCAUUGGACCUCAAUAGGUCUUGCCCCUGCCGCUCCCUAUACGGGUUGGGUACCCUGGCACGCUGGCCAUCGUUCUCCGUGCCUUUGCCUGUCGUUCCUUUCUCCUGCCCUUCGUUGACGUCCUAGAUUGCGUUGAGUUUUCCCUUUGCGUCGCGUCCAGUAUCAAAGGCCGUAUUCGUUCGGAAAUUUGUUUGGGUUUUGAGUUUCGUCACCGUGUUUUGGACUCGCUCGGGUAGUUACCCUCAUUCCUGCAGCGGUGAUACGCGCGGGUGCGCUUAAAAGAGUGGUGUGUGGCGUCUGGAUAUUGAUUUUUUUUUCCUGUCGUCGUCUGUUCAGGAUGAUAGCGUGCUGUGCCGCACUUCAUAUUCUUCGUAGCUUUAUCCCUUCAAGCGUUGUCAUUGAGAUGUCGAUGUUCCGUCUCGUGACCGUUCGCAUUCUUCAUCUCAAUGAUGGUGUGGGGGAUCGAUUCGGGAUAUUUCUAACUCACCCUCCUUUUGGAUGUUUUGUAAAGAGUCAUAUCUUCGAUUUAUGAUCAAAAAUCAUCAGCUAAAAUCUUAAUUAUGCUUUAGACUAGGAUUUCAGCAUUGAUUUGAGUAUAGAAUCUGCAUAUAUGAUAUUCAGGGUGGGCUAGUGUUAAGGAGUGUCGCUGCUAGCAUGAAUAGGGUACAUCUUAUUCUUGAUAGGAUGCGGGUCGGUCAGGAGGUAUUCCCUUCUGUCCCCUACCCCCUUAGAAUUGUCUACUCUGUGUAGCCCCCUGAGAUGAAGUUGGAUCCCCUCUUCAUCCCAGACCUUUGCUGAUCGUCUCUCAGCAAUAACAAGCAACUUUCCCAUCUCAACGUGGUCGUGGACAAGGGUGUCAACGACAGAACCUUCAUCUAUCUCUAGGAGCAAGCCACCGCCCACGGCAUCACUCCUUGAAAAAGUACAAUAAGGGGCGCGGAGUGUAGUAGUACGGGAGUACGCGAGUUCGCUGUUUUGCCCGUGGUGUGUGUUUGUGGUGUCUUGGAUAUGAGUCCGAUAUUAUAUCGUAUUCGAGGCGUUUUCUUAUUUGUUGUUAUUUUUCUGUUUCGUUUGGUACUGCAUUUUCAGGGCAACCCUGCUGUUUGGUUCAGUGGCCAUUAUUACGUGGUAUGCCAGCGGUGUUCCAUUUUACAGCAAUAGCCUAGUAGCCCGCACUGCUAUGGCUGUUGAUUGUUUUGAUUGAAAUUAAUUGCUAUUGUUCGUUGCAUCGACAAAUAUGGGGGGGGGAUGCAAUAUGUCCAUGAUUCUAGAGGCACUGACAGCAAUUGGUUUGAUUGGUGUUCUGAUGGGUUUGACAUUGCUAUAGCAGGGAGGGGCUGUUGGAGGCGCAUUUAUAUUGCUUGAAGUAUUUUACCGCGAUUGAUUCCAGAAAUAAAUAUAUCUACUCUGUUUG